AUGGGUGCAUAUAAGUACAUGCAAGAAAUUUGGCGCAAGAAGCAGUCCGAUGCUUUCCGCUACCUUCUUCGCGUCCGUACUUGGCAAUACAGACAGCUCUCUUCUAUCCACCGCGUGAGCCGCCCAACCAGACCUGAGAAGGCCCGUCGUUUGGGAUACCGUGCUAAGCAAGGAUAUGUUGUAUACCGCGUCCGUGUCCGCAGAGGAAACAGAAAACGCCCAGUCACCAAGGGUCAAACCUACGGAAAGCCAAAAACUCAUGGAGUUAACGAGCUUAAGCCCGCCCACACCAAGCAAGCUCUUGCUGAGGAACGUGCUGGACGUCGUCUCGGAUCUCUCCGUGUUCUUAACUCAUACUGGGUUGGACAAGACUCCAUCUACAAGUUCUACGAAGUUAUCUUGAUCGAUCCCUUCCACAAGGCCAUCCGCCGUAACCCAGACACCCAAUGGAUCACCAAGCCAGUCCACAAGCACCGUGAAUUGCGUGGACUUACCUCUGCCACCAAGAAGUCCAGAGGUCUUGGAAAGGGAUGGAGAUUCGCCGCCACCACUGGAGGAUCUCAAGCCAAGAACUGGAAGAGAAGAAACACCACUGUCUUCCGCAGAUUCCGCUAA